AUGGCCCCCAAGAAGUCCAAGUCCGCCAAGUCCUCGGAGAACAUCAACUCCCGUCUCCAGCUCGUCGUCAAGUCGGGCAAGUACACCCUCGGCUACAAGCAGGCCCUCAAGCAGCUCCGCAACGGCAAGUCGAAGCUCAUCCUCAUCUCCAAGAACUGCCCUCCCCUUCGCAAGUCGGAGCUUGAGUACUACGCCAUGCUUUCCAAGACCUCUGUCCACCACUACGAGGGCUCCAACGUCGACCUCGGCACCGCUGCCGGUCGUCUCUUCCGUGUCGGUGUCAUGUCCAUCCAGGACGCCGGUGACUCGGACCUCCUCCAGGUCGAGACUGCCUAA